CCGCGGCCGCCGCGGGAGGAGGGACAAAGGGGUGGGUCCCCGCGUUCUGCACUCAGGCGGCCAGGGCUGCAGGUCGGAGAACUGACCCGCGGCCAGGAGGAGAAGCGGGACCCAGAACUGCGCCCACGCUGGACCUGCGCCGAGAUGCCGGUGCGGGGAGACCGCGGGUUUCCACCCCGGCGGGAGCUGUCAGGUUGGCUGCGAGCCCCAGGCAUGGAGGAGCUGAUAUGGGAACAGUACACUGUGACCCUACAGAAGGAUUCCAAAAGAGGAUUUGGAAUUGCAGUGUCUGGAGGCAGAGACAACCCCCACUUUGAAAAUGGAGAAACAUCCAUAGUCAUUUCUGAUGUGCUCCCGGGAGGACCAGCUGAUGGCCUGCUUCAAGAAAAUGACAGGGUGGUCAUGGUUAAUGGCACCCCCAUGGAGGAUGUGCUCCAUUCAUUUGCAGUUCAGCAGCUGAGAAAAAGUGGGAAGAUUGCUGCCAUUGUAGUCAAGAGGCCCCGGAAGGUGCAGGUGGCGCCGCCGCAGGGCAGCCCACCCCUCAGUCAGGAUGACCGGGCUUUUGAGGCGAUGGACGACUUUGAUGGUGGAAGUUUCCGCAGCGGGUACAGCGAGAGGAGCCGGCAUAGCAGCCACGACCGGCUGAGCCACAGCUGGGAGGACGAAAGGGGCCGUCCCUACCAGCGGGCAUACAGCCGGGAGCAGGACCGCAGCCGGGACCGCAGCCGCGGCCGGAGCCUGGAGCGCGGCCUGGACCAGGACUAUGGACGCUCCCGAGACCGCAGUCGUGGCCGGAGCCUGGAGCGCGGCCUGGACCAGGACUAUGGACGCUCCCGAGACCGCAGUCGUGGCCGGAGCCUGGAGCGCGGCCUGGACCAAGGCUUUGGACCACCUCGGGACCGCAGCCGUGGCCGGAGCAUUGACCGGGACUACGAGCGGGCCUAUCACCAGGCCUACGAGCCCGAAGAUCGCACCUACAGCCCUCCCACCGAGCACCGCCGCAGGGCGCAGCCCGAUGCCCGCUACGAGGGCGCCAGGAGCCACAGCCGAGAGCACCUGCAUUCCCGCAGCCCCAGCCCCCAGCCCAGGGCUCGGCCAGAGCACACCGGCCAGUCAGACUCGGACAGGCCCAUUGGGGUCCUUCUGAUGAAAAGCAAACCUAAUGAAGAGUAUGGUCUCCGGCUGGGGAGUCAGAUCUUCAUCAAGGAGAUGACCAGAACAGGUCUGGCAACUAAAGAUGGCAAUCUUCAUGAAGGGGACAUAAUUCUCAAGAUCAAUGGAACUGUCACUGAGAACAUGUCUUUAAUGGAUGCACGAAAAUUGAUAGAGAAGUCCAGAGGAAAACUCCAGCUCGUUGUGUUGAGAGAUAGCAAGCAGACCCUCAUCAACAUCCCCUCGCUAAAUGACAGUGACUCUGAAAUAGAAGAUGUCUCAGAAAUAGAGUCAAACCGAUCAUUUUCUCCAGAAGAGAGACGCCAGCAGUAUUCUGAUUAUGAUUAUCAUUCCUCCAAUGAGAAGCUGAAAGAAAGGCCAAGUUCAAGGGAGGACACGUCCAACAGAUUGUCCAAAAUGGGCGCCACACCCACUCCAUUCAAGUCCUCUGGGGACACUGCAGCUGCAGUUGUCACAGAAACCAACAAGGAACCCAGAUACCAAGAGGAACCAGUUCCUCAACCCAAACCAGCUCCAAGAACUUUUCUUCGUCCUAGUCCUGAAGAUGAAGCAAUAUAUGGCCCUAACACCAAAAUGGUGAAGUUCAAGAAGGGAGACAGCGUGGGCCUCCGGUUGGCUGGUGGCAACGACGUUGGGAUAUUUGUUGCUGGCAUUCAAGAGGGCACAUCUGCAGAGCAGGAAGGCCUUCAGGAGGGAGACCAGAUUCUGAAGGUGAACUCACAGGACUUCAGAGGGCUGGUCCGGGAAGAUGCUGUACUCUACCUGUUAGAAAUCCCCAAAGGUGAAAUGGUGGUCAUUUUAGCUCAGAGCCGAGCUGAUGUCUAUAGAGACAUCCUGGCUUGUGGCAGAGGGGAUUCAUUUUUUAUAAGAAGCCACUUUGAAUGUGAGAAGGAAACUCCACAGAGCCUGGCCUUUACCAGAGGGGAGGUCUUUCGAGUGGUAGAUACUCUGUAUGACGGCAAGCUGGGCCACUGGCUGGCCGUGAGGAUCGGGAAUGAAUUGGAAAAAGGCUUGAUCCCCAACAGAAGCAGAGCUGAACAGAUGGCCAGUGUCCAGAAUGCCCAGAGAGACAAUGCUGGGGAUAGGGCAGAUUUUUGGAGAAUGCGAGGCCAGAGAUCUGGGGUGAAGAAGAACCUAAGGAAGAGUCGGGAAGACUUAACAGCUGCUGUGUCUGUUAGCACCAAGUUCCCAGCUUACGAGAGGGUCUUGCUGCGAGAAGCUGGUUUCAAGAGACCUGUGGUAUUAUUCGGCCCCAUAGCAGACAUAGCAAUGGAAAAGUUGGCCAACGAGUUACCUGACUUGUUCCAAACUGCUAAAACAGAACCCAAAGAUGCAGGAUCUGAGAAAUCCAGUGGAGUAGUUCGGUUAAAUACUGUGAGGCAAAUUAUUGAGCAGGUGAGAAAAUUCACUGGAAUGGCAUGUUAUGAGAAAGAAUGGGAUCAUGGUUUGCUACAAUCUAGGUUGAGUCCAGCAUCCAACAAAAGUUCUCGCAAGUUAUUUGAUCAAGCCAAUAAGCUCAAGAAAACUUGUGCACAUCUUUUUACAGCUAUAAUCAACCUCAGUUCAGCCAAUGAUAGCUGGUUUGGCAGCUUGAAGGACACCAUUCAGCAUCAGCAAGGAGAAGCAGUUUGGGUCUCUGAAGGAAAGAUGGAAGGGAUGGAUGAUGACCCCGAAGACCGCAUGUCCUACUUAACCGCCAUGGGCGCGGAUUAUCUGAGUUGCGACAGCCGCCUCAUCAGUGACUUUGAAGACACGGACGGCGAAGGAGGUGCCUACACUGACAAUGAGCUGGAUGAGCCGGCUGAGGAGCCGCUGGUGUCUUCCAUCACCCGCUCCUCCGAGCCGGUGCAGCACGAGGAGAGCAUAAGGAAACCCAGUCCAGAGCCACGAGCUCAGACGAGGAGGGCUGCUAGCAGAGAUCAACUUAGGGACAGUAGCCCGCCCCCGGCAUUCAAACCUGAGCCGCCCAAGGCCAGAACCCAGAACAGGGAAGAAUCCUACGACUUCUCUAAAAACCAGGAAUACAAGUUAAACCCCUCUACUGUGGCUGGUAAUGAAAUUCCAGGGGUAUCUACCAAAGGUUGUCCUCCCCCUGUUGCAGCAAAACCUGCCUUUGGAAGAUCUAUCCUGAAGCCCUCCACUCCUGUCCCUCCCCCUGAGGGUGAGGAGGUUGGGGAGAGCACUGAGGAGCAAGACAACACUCCCAGAUCAGUCCUGGGCAAAGUCAAAAUAUUCGAGAAGAUGGAUCACAAGGCAAGAUUGCAGAGAAUGCAAGAGCUCCAAGAAGCACAGAAUGCAAGGGUAAUUUGGUGGGGGCAGGGUGCUAAUAAACACCCUCACUUUGUCAGUUCCAGACCCCCUGAGCCGCAGAAGGGUCCCUCCAGACACUAUCAGGACGCCAGAGGAAGUUAUGGCAGUGAAGCCGAGGAGGAAGAGGAGUAUCGCCAACAGCUGGCGGAGCACUCCAAGCGCGGUUACUAUGGCCAGCCUGCCCGGUACCGGGACACGGAAUUGUAGGUGUCUGUCAAAGCAGAGACUCUUCUGGGUCUGCAGCCACCUCCAACAGGCACGCCUGCGAGGCCACCAGGUUGAAUCUUUUCCAGUUAACACGCACCGUGGAGGUGUGGUGGUAACAGAGCUCCUGCUUCCCGUGCAAACCCAGGUUCGCUGUUUGGGACAGGGUAGAGGAGUUUAUUAUGGCUUUUUGCUCAGAAUUAAGAGGAACAUUACAGUACGAUACUGUUACUUGCUUCAGUGGACCAACAUCUGUAUUAAUCCUGUCUUGUGUAUUUUUAAUAUGUAUAUUGAGAAGCAAUAAUUAUUUUUUCUCAUUUAUAGCUGCCUUUAAGGACUGCUUCACUGUGAGGCAGACCUGGGAAAAGGAAUAAAAAAUACUGUUGGACUCAAACCACUUUCAAAGAAGUAUUUUAUUACAACUCUCUAAGUGCCUUUGAUGAGAAGAAGUGUCUUAAACUUUCCUCUUUUGAAGCUUUAUGCAAAGCCAUAAUGGACUAAAAUUGUAUUUUCCCUAAAUUUUUGUACCAGUUUAAUAGCUGGUUUUUGCUAUGCUGUGUCAUCUUUUCAAGGCAUUCAUCUUUAUAAUACUUUUCAUAAAUUCUGACUGUACAUAUAAUAGCUGUACUUGGUAGUAUGUCUGUAAGUACUAAAUAGCUUGAAGACCAAGAAGUUGGUAUGGAAAUAUUUUGUUUCAAACCAUGUGUUCCACAAAAGCAGAUACUUGAGAAAAGAUUAUUUUAUUUCCACAAGUUUGUGUAUUGGCAGCAGUUUUAUAAUUUAAUAAAAAGGAAUACAUUUCAAUCAAUAA